CCGGCGAGACCAGCAGUUGGCCGUCCUCCUCGCUCCUGUGUGGCUCCCCCUGUCUUCGAGUGCGUCUCUCACGCUGAUACAGUAGUUUACAACUAUCAGUUGAGGCAUGGGUCCCAGGAAGAAAUCAUCUUUGAGCCGCGACUCCUUGGCAAGCCGUCGAAAGAAGGCGAAAAGAGCGCAGAAGCGUGCCGAGUUAAGGAAGGCUCAGCAAGCACUUGAUGCUGAAAGGCAUGCAUCUUCAAGAGACUGCGAGUCUGUGGAACACACACAUUCUCAGCAAGCUGAUGAUGCUGAUAGGCGUGCAUCUUCAGUAGACAGGGAGUCUAUGGAACAGACACAAGCUUGGCAAGCUCUUGAUGCUGAAAGGAAUGCAUCUUCAAUAGAAAAGAAGUCUGUGGAACAGAAACAAACUUGGGAAGCUGUUUAUGCUGAAAGAUUUGAUAUAAUGUCUGGAAUUGCAAUUGCUCGACUUGCCGAGGAGAGAAAGGCAUGGAGAAAAGACCAUCCGUUUGGCUUCAUUGCACGACCUACAAAGAAUCCCGAGGGAACAUUAAACCUAAUGAAUUGGGAAUGUGCAAUUCCAGGGAAGAAGGGAACGCCUUGGGAGAGUGGUCUGUAUCGUCUACGCAUGAUCUUCAAGGAUGACUAUCCAUCCACACCACCAAAGUGCAAGUUUGAGCCACCCUUGUUUCAUCCCAAUGUUUACCCAUCAGGAACUGUGUGCUUGUCACUAUUAGACGAGGAGAAGGAUUGGAGGCCAGCCAUUACCAUCAAACAGAUUCUAUUGGGAAUACAGGACCUGCUCAAUGACCCCAACAUAAAGGACCCUGCUCAGGCUGAAGCGUACACAAUUUAUUGUCAAAAUCGAUUGGAAUACGAGAAGAGAGUACGAGCACAAGCUAAAGCAAUGUCGGCACCAUUCGAGUAAGUGUUGGUUGCAAGCAAACAUGGUGGGGGAAAACCUUAGUAUGGAUAAAUGCUGCUUUUGCAGCAGUAGCUAACAACUGGCACCGAAGAUUAUUCUUGUUUAAUGCAAGGUGUAAGUGAAGUUAGUGGGAGGAAGAUUUUAAGAUUGCACACAGGAUUAUGCACAUUCUUAAUGUGUGUUCUGGAAUUUUGUUUUAGCUUUACAAUGGACCUUUCAUUCCAUUCUCAGUCAUGAGUGACUUACUUUAUUUUAUAGUGAACCACAGAUGUUAACCUCAUAUUUUGGAUUCAUUAUUCUCAUGCCAUACUGUAUGUUACAGUACAUAUAUAUAAAAAAAAAAAUAUAAAAAAAAUGCACACCUGGGACAUACAAGUCUAUCUCUAAAAACAAACAAAAAAAAAACUCCUUAUGUACCUGUUUUUUUUUUUUCUCUCCUCUCUCUCUCUCUCUCUCUCUCUCUCUCUCUCUCUCUCUCGUGCAGAGUCAAUACUUGAAUUGAUGUUAAAUUAAUAAACUAUUUUUACCAAUA